UUCAAUCCAAUAUACGUAAAAUACAAUAAAGCACAUUUCACGCAUCUCUCAUUUUCGCACUUUCUUUCUCUUGCAAUGGCUUCUUCUACAUUUCACCUCUGCUCUUUUCAUUCUCUCUGAAAUUUUCUAAACAAACACAAGAUCGAGAUAGAGAGAGAGAAUGAAAUAUUUCGCAUGCAAAUCCGAAUGUGCUAUAGCCACCUCCAAUUCCAAGAAGAAGAAGAAGGCAAAAGCCACAGAGUAUAAGUACGAGUGCUCGGCCGAGUAUCGUCUCUUCAGCUACGACGAAUUAGAAUCCGCCACCAAUGGUUUCUCCCCUGAAAGCUUUCUUGGAAAGGGAAGCCAUGGAAGUGUCUACAAAGCGUUCAUAGACGGCGGAAAGCUCGUUGUGGCUGUAAAAAAGAUGAGAAUACUGUUGGCGGAAGAAAACAGCAGCGGCAGCAGUAGCAAGAACAACAACAACAACAACAACAACAACGAUGAGAACAACCCGAUCGAGAACGAGCUUGAAAUCCUUUCAAGAAUUCGGAACCCGGGUUUUGUUAAUCUUCUAGGAUACAGCAUCGAUUCGAACGAGCGGAAGCUGAUAGUCGUUGAAUUCAUGGCGAACGGGGCGCUCCAUGAACACUUGCAUUGUGAUAGGAGGCAGCUGGGGUGGGGCAGGCGCGUCCGCUUCGCGCUGCAGACUGCGAAGGCAGUCGAAGCUCUGCAUCUGUUGGAUCCGCCUGUAAUUCACAGAGAUAUAAAAUCAUCGAAUGUGCUUGUUGAUGAGAAUUGGAACGCCCGAUUGGGGGAUUUUGGACUGGCAUUGAGGGGACAUGUAGAAGAUGUUAGGAUGCGGUCGACACCUCCAGCAGGCACGAUGGGGUACCUCGAUCCUGGUUAUGUCACGCCGGAAAAUCUCAGCACUAAGAGCGACGUCUUCAGUUUCGGAAUCCUACUGUUGGAAAUCUUGAGUGGACGGAAUGCCAUUGAUAUGAAUUACAGCCCCCCUUCUGUUGUCGAUUGGGCGGUGCCACUUAUCAAACAGGGCAGAUGGGAUUUGCUCUAUGAUCCACGGAUCGAGCCCCCUAAGGAUCAAUUCGUGAGAUGGCAGCUGGCAGUCCUGGCGGCCCGGUGCGUACGGGCUGCGGCGGAGAAGCGGCCGUCGAUGAAUGAGGUGGUGAAUUGCCUUAGAAUUGUCAGAAAGAGAAUCUGCUCACCAAUUUGGAACAAUCUCACAAACCGGAUGACGAAAUUGAAUUCAAAAUUCGAACCCAGUGAAGUGAUUUCAAUGUCUUUGAAAAAUGCUAGUGGGAAUUCGAAUUUGUUCAGGAAUAGAAAGGUAUUGAAUGUGAAGUCUGGUGUGGGUUUAGCGAAAGAAACAAGAAGUACAAUUGUAGAUUGCAUUAGUUGUAAAGAUACAGUGGGGCUAGUUAGCGAGCCGAAAGCAGAGUCCAAUUCCAAAACGAGCAAUCCGAAUGCUGCAAAUAGUAAGACGGGUUUGGUUGUGAGGAUGCCCCGGGUUAGAUUGAACAAGCCCAAGUCGAUUGGGAUAUCAAAAGCAGGCCGAGUUUUGCAUGUUUCAGCUGGCAAAGAUCCUGCACUGUAAAUUCCUACAUUGUGCCAAAGAAUUAUUACAACCCGUCAAUUCACACUUCAUUAAGAUCUUCAGUUUCUAUUCCGAACCAUGGAGUUCAUCGACAUGGUUCCAAUUGAGAUUAUGUUCUUGGGCUUUUUACCUUGUAAGUGAAACUAAGGAUGGGGAUAUGCAGAAUCUCAAAGUAUUUCACCAAAUUCAUUGUAUUGUUUAAUCGGACACUGCUCGUCAAUCUGGUAAUUCAGUUUCCUUGUAUCAAAUACUUGUAACAUUUCAGAGAUCUUCAAUAUGUAUUUUCAAGAUAAGAACUUCUGUUUUUAUUUUUUAUUUUUGAAUUUAUUUAUUUAUUAAUACGAUGAUUCCAUUGUUUGACUCA